AUGAGAAAUGGUAGGGUGAGUGUUCAAAGUUCAAAACAAUCAAACCCUCCAACUGAACCCACACCACUCUCGCCUAAUCUGAGCACAAUGAACUUUGGUAAUUCAAAAUCUGUUAGAUUUAAAGAUGAUCUUGAAACUACUGAGUUUGCAACACCAGAAAAAGGCAGUUUGUUCAAGCUCACGUCUGUGAUGAAUGGGAUACUAACACCCAAGUCAUGCUUGAAGAAUACUGAGGCGGGCACCACAGGAAAGCCAUUUAAGGAGAAAAAACUUCUAAGAGUUUUCUCUGAGGAUUACGAUGUAGUGCAGAGGAUUAUACUAGAUCCUCGAGGAACUGUUGUGAACAAUUGGAACAAAUGUUUCUUAGUUGCAUGCAUGAUUUCCCUGUUUGUCGACCCCCUAUUUUUUUAUUUUCCGGAGGUUAAGAAGGAUAUGUGCAUGGAUGCAAGUGUGCCCCUUGAGAUAGGCCUUACAUUCAUCCGGUCAGUAGUCGAUGCAUUUUACGUGAUUCAGAUUUUUGUUAGGUUUCGAACAGCCUAUGUUGCUCCUUCCUCCCGUGUAUUUGGGAGAGGAGAGCUAGUUAUUGACUCUACAAAAAUAGCUUCAAGGUAUCUUCGGAGAGACUUUUGGCUUGAUAUGUUGGCUGCUCUACCUUUUCCACAGGUAACCACAAGUAACAAUUUCUCUCUUGUGUUGAUUUGGGGUGCAAUCCCAUGUCUAAGAGGUUCGAGGAUGAUAAAUGUGAAAAUUGUAUUACGCUUAGUUAUCAUUUGUCAGUUCCAGCUGAGGUUAUAUCUUAUCUUUCCACUUUCAUCACAAAUUAUUAAGAACACUGGGGUAGUGGUGGAAGCAGCAUGGGUCGGGGCAGCUUAUAAUCUGAUACUCUAUUUGUUGGCGAGCCAUGUAAGCUUUUAUUUCGAUUCUCAAUUUUGUGAAACACUUAAUUAUUAUCCUUGCAAAACUGUUGAAGCAUUUUAUUCACAGAAUCAAUGUAGUAAUACAUAUGCUUUGCGGAGACAUGUUAGAUAUAUGAUUCUUCAUGAGUUUUGCUUUGGGAUUUUAAAAGCGAUUGAUCGACAGGAACAAUGUUGGAAAGAAGUUUGUAAUCAGCAACAUCCGAGUUGCCAGUAUUGGUAUUUUGAUUGUCGCACCAUGUAUGAUUCUGGUAGAGCUGCUUGGUUCAACUCAAGCAACAUCUCCAGCCUAUGUGGUGCAGCUGGUGAUUUCCAAUUUGGAAUCUACGGAGAUGCAGUGUUUUUCGAUGUUACCUCAUCAAAUUUCUUGAGCAAGUACCUUUACUGUCUUUGGUGGGGCCUAAGGAGCCUAAGCUCUAUAGGGCAGAACCUCAGCACAAGCACAUAUAAAGGAGAAAAUAUUUUUGCCAUUAUCAUCGCAAUUCUUGGGUUGGUGUUUUUUGCAUUGCUUAUUGGAAAUAUGCAAGUAAGUAUAGCAAUAGCGAAAACAUUCCUCCAGUCCACAACUGUACGACUAGAAGAGUGGAGGGUUAAAAGAACUGAUACAGAAGAAUGGAUGCGUCACAGGCAGCUGCCCCAUGAGUUGAGACAGUGUGUGCGAAACUAUGAUUUAUAUAAAUGGGUUACAACUCGGGGAGUUGAUGAAGAAGUUAUUCUUGAAGGCCUUCCCUUGGAUCUCCGACGGGACAUCAAGCGUCAUCUCUGCCUUGAUCUAGUUCGACGAGUGCCACUAUUCGAUCAGAUGGAUGAGUGUAUGCUAGACGCAAUAUGUGAAAGGUUAAAGCCUGUUCUAUGCACCCCAGUCACCUGCCUAGUCCGCGAAGGGGACCCCGUCAACGAAAUGCUCUUUAUCGUUAGAGGGCACCUGGAUUCCUACACGACUGAUGGAGGCCGCACUGGAUUUCUCAACUCAUGCCGUAUUGGCCCUGGUGAUUUCUGUGGCGAGGAACUCUUAACCUGGGCCUUGGACCCGCAUCCAAGUGUCAUUCUCCCUUCUUCCACGCGGACAGUGAGAGCCCUCUCUGAAGUGGAAGCUUUUGCUUUCAUUUCCGAGGAUGUGAAGUUUGUAGCAUCACAAUUCCGAAAGCUGCAUAGCAAACAAAUGAGGCACACAUUCAGGUUUCACUCACAUCAGUGGAGAACUUGGGCUGCUUGCUUUAUACAAGCAGCUUGGUUUAGGUACAAAAGGAGGAUAGAAGCAGCUAGACUCAAGGCUAAGGAAGGCCGUGUAUCGCCUCCGCCUGAACCGGCAGUCGAGCAAACGGGUAUGUCCUUGCCCCUGAAGGCCUCGGAGUUGGCCAUGUAUGCCGCAACACUUGCAGCAAGCAAUAGAAAGGGUGGGAGCAAGAGGGGUAUUUCUGAAUUUGACCUCCUCAGCUCAUUGCAAAAGCCAGUGGAACCUGACUUUUCAAUUGAUGAUAAGUAA